AGAGGGAAGAAACUUUGAGACAAAUGUAGGAAUCGCAACGAGAGAAAGCAGGACUUUCAGCAGCAGCAGCAGCAGCACGGAGGGAGGGAGAACACAAGGAUAUCUUAUCUGGGGUGAUCCCUCGUCGCAAUCUCUCACGGUCUGACACUCUCUCUGUCUCUCUCUUUUCUCUCUCUCUCCCCCAGACGGAGGAGAGGAGCAGCAGUGUGAAAGAAAGAGUCGCUACUGGAACCGUGUAGCAGCCGCAGCUCUAUUCUAUUUUCUAUUCAUUAACCUUUUCCUUUUAUUUCUCACCUGAGGACCCCGGGUUGAUUUGGCAGAGACACGCUAAUUGACCUGAGGACCCCGGGUUGAUUUGGCAGAGACACGCUAAUUGACCUGAGGACCCCGGGUUGAUUUGGCAGAGACACACUGAUUGACCUGAGGACCCCGGGUUGAUAUGGCAGAGACACACUGAUUGACCUGAGGACCCCGGGUUGAUAUGGCAGAGACACACUGAUUGACCUGAGGACCCCGGGUUGAUUUGGCAGAGACACACUGAUUGACCUGAGGACCCCGGGUUGAUUUGGCAGAGACACACUGAUUGACCUGAGGACCCCGGGUUGAUUUGGCAGAGACACACUGAUUGACCUGAGGACCCCGGGUUGAUAUGGUAGAGACACACUGAUUGACUGGAGGAACCUGUGCAGAGACUAAAGGAUCUCACUCCACACACCUGAGUGUCCAGAGGACUGAUCCUAGUUGGCCACAGGGGAAGGAUUAAGGGACAAGGAUGGUACCUGGAGGACCCACCAGAACAUAACAUCUGAUGCAGAACUUUCAGGACACUCAAGGAAAGUAUCCUGACACUACCAAAGCUAUUAUCCAUAUAAUAGUCUAGAAUUGUCCAUUCAUAUCAAAAGCAAAAGUACAAGAGGAACUGGAGAGGGGAGUAUGGGACAUUGGAUCCGUGGUGGGGUGACUCCUGGUUGGUUCCCAGGGGCCCGAUGAGUGGCAGCAGCCAUAGCACCAGCCUACUUCGGGGCCGCCGCUUCUACUGCCGGGAAUGGGCCCUGGAAAAGCUUGGGCGCUGUCUGGAGGCCAGGUCCACUCCCGGCCGGUCCCCGGGGGUCCUGGUGACUGGGGGGCCCGGGGCAGGGAAGACAGCCCUAUGCACAGAGGCAGUAUGGCCCACAUCGGACGCAAGGCUUGGGUUGGCACCACGCUGUUUGGGGUUUCACUUCUGCCAGCGGGAGGACGGGAGGAGCCUGGAGGUGUGGAGGUUUGUCCUGGGCUUGGUGGAUCAGCUGAGGGUCAGCCCCCUCCUCCCCCUGGGGUACAGGGACACACUGGACACCCCCUUGGUGGCUCCCACCUUGGAGCCUCUACACUGCCAGAGGGACCCAGAUGACACCUUCAAAAGGGCAGUGUUAUUGCCUUUGCUGGGCCUCCCUCCCCCAGGGCAGCCCUUGUUUCUGGUUGUGGACUCCCUGGACUCAGGGUUUGAGUAUGGGGCCGGUGAGGGGUCCUCCAGUGCUGGUGCUCCAGGGAGGAACAACUCUAUCUCAGAGCUCCUGUCCAGCCACCAGCACCUCUUCCCCAGCUGGCUACUCCUGGUCUGCUCUGUCCGCAGACAGAACAAGGCUGUGUGUAAGAUGUUCUCAGGUUUCCGUAAGCUGUGUCUGGAUGACCUGCGGAAGCCGGCCCCAGUGCGUGACGUACAGCAGUACAUCUUGCGGAGGCUGGACCAGGAAGGGGCGCUCCGCCGUCAGCUGACCCCCGAGACAGCCGACAUGCUCAACCUGCUGCACAUCAAGAGUGGCGGCUGCUUCCUGUUUCUGGAACGCGUUCUAGACGGCGUGGCGGGAGCCUUGGUGGGUCUCCGGGAGAUCCGAGACAUCCCCGGGACCCUCAACGGCCUCUACCUGUGGCUCUGCCAGAGACUCUUCCCCAGGUGCCUGUUCCUUGAGGUUAGGCCCCUCCUCAAUGCCCUCCUGGCCUCCCCUAGGCCCUUCACCACACAGGAGAUCUACUACGCCACCUGGACCCAGGACAUGUCCCUCAGCCCUAUGGACUUCCAGAGCAGGCUGAAGGCUCUGUCUACGCUGCUUAUCGACGGGCCGGGAGGCAGCAAGCUCCUGUUCCACGCUAGUUUUGCAGAGUGGCUGACGGACGUGAAGUACUGCACCCAGAAGUACCUGUGUAGCGUGUCUGAGGGACACACCAUGCUGGCCAUGGCUCUCACCCUGCGCGCCCCACACCUUAACACAGAGGACACCUGUCAGAUGGGCUCGCACCUGAUCAGCUCAGGAAUGCACAAGGACAAACCUGCCCUCCUGGCCCUAUGGCUGUUGUGGUCAGAUGUGCCCCCUUUGGCUAGCUCCUCAUACCCCUCUUCCCCUGCCUCUCAGCCCCCUGUCCUGGUCAAGCAGGAGGUGCUCCAGCUGCUGAUGAAGAGUGGGGUGUUACCUCCCUCCUGCGCCCCAGACAGAGGCCCCAGCAUGGAGGUACACUGUGCAGGACAAGGGGGGACCAUCAUCCGGCGGGUGCUGGAGAGGCAGGACUCAAUGAGGGUGCUCUUGGACAGCGGGGUCAGUGUGAACCGGACCGACCCCACAGACGGACGCACCAUGCUGGUCAGCGCGGCUCACGCAGGCUCAGCCGACGUUGCCAUCCUGCUCCUGUCCCGAGGGGCUGACCCUAUGAUCAGUGAUCACCAGGGCCAGACACCCCUGACGCUGUCUGCCAGGCAAGGCCAUGUUAAGGUGCUGGGGAUGCUGCUGGACUGGGCCAGGGGUCAGCAGCCAGAGGCCGCCGUGAGGAUAGUGGAACACGCGGACAGCGAGGGCUGGACAGCCUUACGGUCUGCGGCCUGGGCGGGUCACACUGAGGCAGUGCACCUGCUGCUAGAUGCGGGGGCGGACGUGGACGGGUGUGAUGCGGAGGGCCGGUCGGCGCUGAGGGCGGCAGCCUGGGGAGGUCAUGAGGAGAUCCUCCUCACACUGCUGGACUACAGAGCGCAGGUGGACAUGGCAGACCGGGAGGGCCGCACGCCGCUGAUCGCUGCCGCCUACAUGGGACACAGGGAGGCAGUAGAGAUCCUGCUAGACCACUGUGCGGAGGUCGACCUGGCCGAUGGAGACGGACGUACUGCCUUGUCCGUGGCUGCCCUCUGUGUGCCCACAGCAGCCGGGGUCAAGGGUUAUGGAGACGUGGCCAGCCUGCUGUUGGAGAGAGGGGCUGACCCGGGGCACAGGGACCGGAAUGGGAUGACCCCUCUGCUGCUGGCGGCGUAUGAAGGUCACGAGGAGGUGGUAGAACUGUUAUUAGAGGCUGGGGCCGACGUAGAUGAGAGCGCCGGGCCACAUGCCACCGCCGCUUCUGCUGCUGUCACCCCACUGUUGGCGGCAGCCGCCAUGGGCCAUACUAAGACAGUGGGCAGGGUGCUGUUCUGGGGCGCUACGGUGGAUAGCAUCGAUGGGGAGGGUCGUACAGCUCUGAGCCUGGCAGCAGCACAGGGCAGCGUGGAGGUGGUCAGAGCUCUCCUGGACCGAGGGCUGGAUGAGAACCAUAAAGAUGAUCUGGGCUGGACCCCACUGCACGCCGCCGCCUGCGAGGGCCACCGGGGGAUAUGUGCCAUCCUGAUGGAGAGUGGGAGCAUGGCUCGUGUCGGAGAGAUGGACAUCGAGGGACGGACGCCCCUCAUCUUGGCUGCGCAGGAGGGCCACUGUGGCACGGUGAGGCUGCUGCUGGACCACCGUUCACCCAUUGACCACCGGGCGUACGACGGCCACUCUGCGCUGAGCGCCGCCGCCCUCGAGGACCACGCUGAGGUGGUGGAGCUACUGAUGAGGCGGGGCACCGACACGGACGUACGGGACGCAGAGGGCCGUCCACUGCUCUACCUCCUGGUCCUGGAGGGACAUCUGGAAAUGGCUGCCCUCCUCAUAGAGAAAGGGGGCGUGCCCUUGGAGUCCCGGGACAUGGAGGGGCGUACAGCGCUGCACGUGGCCACCUGGCAGGGCAACCUGGAGGCGGUGGGGCUGCUGGUGAGCCAUGGGGCGGACCCUAAUGCCCAGGAUGGGGAGGGACGACCCCCCCUGCACUCUGUAGCCUGGCGGGGUCAUGUGGCGCCUGGUCGUCUGCUCCUGGAGGUCAGGGGGGUCAACGUGGAUCUGGCCUGCAGACAGCAGGGGGCCACGGCACUGAGCAUCGCGGCUCAGGAAGGCCACGCCAACAUCGUUGCCAUGCUACUGGAGGGAGGGGCCAACCCAGACCACGUAGACAAGUACGGCCGCAGCCCCAUCAAGGUAGCCGGAAAGAGGGGCCACUUCACCAUCGUCAGGAUGCUGGAGAGCUACGGAGCCAAACCGUACUCAAGCCUUCUGCCCCAAUCGAACACCCCGUCGCCCAAGUCAUCCACUGUGAAGAGCCUGUACUCAACCUGCUCAGAGAGUAACGAGGCUAGCUUCUCCACCUCCUCAGCCUCGGCCUCCUGCUCCCCAGGCUCCACAGCCGAGCACUUCCACUCCAUCCAUAGCUCCCAGACAUCCUCCUCCACAGCCCACUCCCUGGCCACGGUGCAGACCGUCCCUGCUGACAGCCUGUCCUUCACCCAGCAGAUCCAGCAGCACUCCCUCCCCCGCAGCCGAUUUGGCCAUUCCACCCUGCCUCCGCCAGACUCUGCUCAUGGCAGCCUGCACAGCAGCAGCCGCAGGGCCCAGUGCCCUAAGGCCAGCCCUCCUCCGCCCACCCUCUGCACAGUCACGGCCACGGUACAUGACUCUGAACAGCCUUGCAAAGGCUACCCAAUAGGAUUCGACUAUCCCAGUAAACACAAACCUCCCAGCCUGAUCCAGGAGGAGAGGUCUCAGUACGAAGGGGGGAGGUGGAACUCUGUUAUGGCUUCUCUAGGGGUGACGCCUGGACAAGAUGGCCCCAAAAACAGGAACUGCCUCCCUAUGGGCUACCCUUACGAGCUCCAGAGCCCGGCCCAGAGAGAGACACGGGAGGAGAACCAGAAGAUGUCUAUAAAGUCCAGUAGUGCCUUAUCCGCUGCCUGCAUGGUGGUCAUGACGACCACGGACCCCCAGCUCAACCUGAAACAGGCCAUCAAGCUGCAGUUUGAAGGGCCCACCAGCGCUGCCUCAUACAAAAGAGAGACGCCCCUGUGAACUACUGACACCUACGGUGGACGAGGUACAUUUUCACAGUGAUUAAUGGCUCUUACAGGGCAGAUGAUCUCUCCACUCCACCCUCUGGUCAUCUCACCCUCUCUGCUCCACUCUCAGCAGAGAAGAUGAGAGAGGAAGGGAUCUCUCUACUCCACCGUCUGGUCGUCCCACCCUCUCUGCUCCACUCUCUGCAGAGAAGAUGAGAGAGGAAGGGAUCUCUCCACUCCACCGUCUGGUCGUCCCACCCUCUCCGCUCCACUCUCAGCAGAGAAGAUGAGAGAGGAAGGGAUCUCUCCACUCCACCCUCUGGUCGUCCCACCCAAGGCUGUAACUAGGGUUUUGAGUUUAAGUACGGUUCUGGAAGGGUGAAGCUCAUUACCUUGAAAUGCUAUUUGGAGAGCAACCCAUCAUUAACCCCUCGGCUGCUUCAUUCACCUCGGGCCAUCUGCAAACACCUAGCCCAUUAGCUAUACAGUUGUAAUGUGAUACCUCUGAAAGGGGGAGAUCUGAGAAAUGAUUCACACUGACACGUAGCAUCAGCGACAAACUGAAAAUGUCUGACGUUUUUAGAGUUGUGUUGGAUCCAUUUUAAUGUUGGACGAUAUGGAAGAAAGGCCAUGUGGAGACGGUCAUAUGUAUUUUUUGCUUGUUCGAUAAGGGCUAGUACAGAUUUUCUCAUGGGGCCCCUGACCCCAAGUUUGGGAACCACUGUACUAAACCUCUCUGUCUGCCUCCUCUUCUUCUUUCUCCUGAAUGCAUUGUAGUCUGCCUCAGCCUCACCACUGAGCGCCACAUCACUGUCUGUCUCAGUAGCCUGCUCUCUGUAAAGUAAAGUUACUAUGAAAACUUA